AAUUCAAACCGAAAACAUUAUAAUUUAAAAAAUCAACAACAACUAUUAUUCUUAAAUAAAUAUUUACAUUCUAUAAACAAUAUGUGGAUUUUACUAAUAUUAUGUUUGAUAUUAUUAAUAUUAAUUAAAUAUUUGUUUAAACUUAAUAAAGAUUAUUACAUCUUAAGUUUAUGUAAACGUAUUAAAACCAUAGAUGGUAGACCGUUAGAAGAAAAAAUUGUCAUUAUACCGGGUUUAACAAGAUUUGGCAAUAAUUUUGAUUUGCUAAGCAUGACACCAGAAAAAUUAUUUAAUUUUUGUCGUGAAAAAAAUGCUUUUUCUAGGGGUAAAAGCUAUUUAUUACAUUUUUUAUUUUCCACUGUCUAUAGCAUAACAAGUGCUGAAGACGCCGAGGAAGUAUUUCAAAGUACUACGAUUAUAACAAAAAGUGUUAUCUAUGAAUUAUUAAAACCAUUUUUAGGUGAUGGUUUAUUAAUAAGUACAGAUCAAAAAUGGCAUUUUAGACGUAAAAUUUUAACACCCGCUUUUCAUUUUAAUGUUUUGCAAAGUUUUAAUGAAAUUUUCAAAGAGGAAAGUGUAAAACUUUUAAAUAAAUUACAAAAACUGGAAAAUAGUGACAUAGAUGUAGCCGAUAUUAUAACAGAAUUUACACUCAAUAAUAUAUGUGAAACCGCUUUGGGAGUUAAAUUAGAUGAUAUAAGCGGCAGUGAGGAAUAUCGUAAAACUAUACAUGAUAUUGAAACAACAAUUGUACAUAGACUCUGUAAUCCUUUACUAUAUUAUAAAAUAUUAUUUUAUCUAUUUGGUGAGUAUAGAAAACAAAUGGAUAGCAUAAAGAUAGCUCAUGAUUUUAGUAGUAAAAUCAUAAAGAAAAAGCGACAAGAAUAUUUGGCACAAACAAGGCUUCGACAAGAUGAUCCCCAGGAAAAUGAAUUUGGUGUGAAAAAACGUUAUGCCAUGUUGGAUACUUUAUUGGCAGAGGAGGCCAAAGGUUUUAUAGAUCAUCAGGGUAUUUGUGAUGAAGUUAAUACUUUUACUUUUGAGGGUUAUGACACCACUUCCACCUGUUUGAUAUUUACUAUAUUGAAUUUAGCUUUACAUCCAGAAGUGCAGCAGAAAUGUAGAAAAGAAAUACAAGAUUUGGCUGAUUUUGCUAACUUAACCGUUUUUGAUUUUAAUAAGUUGGAAUAUUUGGAAUGUGUUUUAAAGGAAACUUUACGCUUGUAUCCUUCUGUACCAUUUGUUGCUAGAAUUUCUACAGCAGAGACUCGUUUAAAUGGUUUAAUUUUACCUCCAAAUUGUCAAAUAAAUGUUCAUAUUUAUGACAUAAUGCGCGAUCCUAAACAUUUUCCCGAACCAAAUCUUUUUAAACCCGAAAGAUUUUUAGCGGAUGUAUCGGCGAAACGUCAUCCAUUUGCUUUUGUACCCUUUAGUGCUGGUUCAAGGAAUUGUAUUGGUCAAAAAUUCGCCAUACUUGAAAUGAAAUCGGUUUUGGUGGCAAUUUUAAAGAAUUUUGAUAUAUUGCCCAUAACAAAAUUGGAAGAUUUAAUAUUUGAAAAUGGUUUGAUAUUAAGAACACAACAAAAAGUCUAUGUUAAAUUAAAGAAAAUUUCAGAAAUUAAACAACAGUAAAUUUUACACAUAAUAGCAAAUACCGUUAAAUGGAUCUAACAAUCCUCUAUAAAUUUACUAUUAAUUUUUUUUUUUUAUUUAAAAGAAAACAUUUGUGGGAAUAUAAUUUUUAAUACUAGUCGUGUAGUAUUUUUAAUACUUUAUAAACUGUUCAAUAAAUGUUUAAUCAUUUGGCGUUGGUUGGUUU